AUAACAUACAUAUAAGUUGAUGAGAAUCAGCUAGGGUUUAAAAUAACACAAUCAACUAGGGUUUUGUUGGAAAAUUGGGGGGACAGUGAAGAGAUGGCGGCUUUCAACGUGGUCCAGAGGAGAAGAAGAGCAGCUAUUGCCGACCAUAAAAGAGCCAAACACGGCGAUCCCGUGACCGGUAAACUUAAGCUGAGGGCCCCAACUAUCCCUAUCUCUGGCAAGCGAAAGCGCAAGCUCUUUAAAAAAUGGCGCAGGGACCAGAAGGAUGCUAUUGCAAAGGGUCUUAUUACAAUGGAAGAUGUUGAGAUGGCUGUUGCUGAAGGUACAUCCGAAAAUGUAAGCAAGGCUCCGCUAGCAUUCAGUGUGAAGAAGAGUUUGAAGGUUAAAUCCAAACGGUCACAGAAGAAAGGGAAGAAAGGAAAAUCAGAAAAAUCGGCAGAAAAGGCUGCAGUUGAUGUUAUGGAGUUUGAGUGACGGGGAACAUAAAGAUGGGAAGAAGAAAAUCAUGUAAAACUAGAAUUUGCUGUAUUUAUAUCAAUCCACAAUGUGCUAUCAGUCCAGUUUUGAAGUCAAUGGAGACUUUUUUUUUCCUUA